UGUUGUAUCUAUAUCCAUAGCCGUCGCCCUGCUACGUCGGUUGUUUAGUUUUGUUCGUUUUAUCUUGAAUCAUAUACAAUCCCUUUUGAACGAACAUAUCGGAACCCAAAUUCAAACGCCGCCCAAAUCGCUCUUUUCUUUUGCUUCCCACUCUAAUCUCAGUCGGAGGUGAAGUGGGUGCUCGCUUGCUUUCGAAUCAUUUCUUCUUCCAAAACUGAUUUGACAUCGGUUCAGAUCUGAUAAAGAACAGUUCACGAAAGCUCUUUAUUGAAAGGAUCUGAAUCAGUGUAACUUUUUCAGAAGAUUGUGGGAUUUCGAUAAUGUCGGUGGCUUUGAAUCAUGCUGUUCAUGCUCUACCCGACCCGGAUUUGACGAAAUCUCUUAAUACCCGUCCGUUAAACGGGUUAGCCCGGAUUGGGGUCGGAAGGAGCCGGACAUGGGCGAGUCGAGGUUCCGUUGUUAAACAGUCUAGUCUGUUAGGGAAGAAAUUCUACGGGACUAGGCUGCUACGCGGGUCGGUUUCCGAGACGCUCCAUCAAUGGAAAUCGGAUGGUCCAGGUCGUGACCCGAAGCUUAGGGUGGUGGUUCGGUCGUCUUUGUCGCUAGUGCCGGAGAAGCCAUUAGGGCUUUAUGAUCCAUCCUUUGAUAAGGAUGCAUGUGGGGUCGGCUUUGUUGCUGAAUUAUCCGGCAAAAGUAACCGAAAAACGGUGACUGAUGCGAUUGAGAUGUUGGUGCGUAUGUCACAUAGAGGUGCUUGUGGAUGUGAAACUAACACCGGCGACGGUGCCGGAAUUCUCGUCGGUCUUCCACAUGACUUCUACAAGGAGGUGGCCAAAGAUGAAGGAUUUGAGUUACCACCACCUGGGAAAUAUGCCGUCGGCAUGUUCUUCUUGCCCACUUCGGAUACCAGAAGGGAGCAAAGCAAGAUUGUAUUUACAAAGGUUGCCGAGUCACUUGGGCACACCGUUCUUGGCUGGCGUUCUGUUCCAACCGAAAAUUCUGGAUUGGGCAAGUCUGCUAUACAAACAGAACCCAUCAUAGAACAAGUGUUUCUCACACCCACUUCUAGAUCAAAAGCUGAUUUCGAGCAGCAGAUGUACAUACUAAGGAGGGUUUCAAUGGUAGCUAUCAGGGCUGCGUUGAACCUUCAACAUGGCACGGUUAAAGACUUCUAUAUAUGUUCUUUAUCAUCUAGAACUGUUGUAUACAAAGGUCAGUUAAAACCCAACCAGUUGAAGGAGUAUUAUUAUGCAGAUCUUGGCAAUGAAAGGUUUACGAGCUACAUGGCCCUGAUUCAUUCUCGGUUUUCAACCAACACUUUUCCUAGCUGGGACCGUGCUCAGCCUAUGCGUGUUCUUGGCCAUAAUGGAGAAAUUAACACACUUAGGGGGAAUGUUAAUUGGAUGAAGGCACGUGAAGGCCUUCUAAAAUGCAAGGAGCUUGGCCUCUCAAAGAACGAGAUGAAGAAACUUCUUCCCAUUGUAGAUGCGAGUUCAUCAGAUUCAGGUGCUUUUGAUGGUGUUCUCGAGCUUUUAGUGCGUGCCGGUCGAAGUCUUCCUGAAGCUGUUAUGAUGAUGAUCCCUGAAGCCUGGCAAAACGACAAGAAUAUGGAUCCUAAAAGGAAGGCCUUAUAUGAAUAUUUCUCGGCUUUAAUGGAGCCAUGGGAUGGACCUGCUCUAGUUUCAUUUACUGACGGUCGCUACCUUGGAGCUACACUCGAUAGAAAUGGGCUGCGUCCAGGUCGUUUCUAUGUUACUCACAGCGGGCGAGUUGUGAUGGCAAGUGAAGUUGGGGUUGUUGAUAUUCCACCCGAGGACGUUUCUAGGAAAGGUAGACUUAAUCCUGGGAUGAUGCUUCUUGUGGACUUUGAGAAACAUACCGUUGUAGAUGAUGAAGCCUUGAAACAACAAUAUUCACUAUCAAGACCAUAUGGGAAGUGGCUUGAACAGCAAAAGAUUGAAUUAAGGAACAUCGUUGAAUCUGUUAAUAAAGCUGGCAGGGCCAUCCCUGCAAUUGGAGGAGUAUUAAAAGCAUCUCCCGAGGAUGAUAACAUGGAGAAUAUGGGUAUUCGGGGACUCUUGGCCCCAUUGAAGGCUUUUGGUUACACAGUUGAAUCCUUGGAGAUGCUUUUACUUCCAAUGGCAAAAGAUGGUGUUGAAGCCCUUGGUUCAAUGGGAAACGAUGCUCCAUUGGCUGUCAUGUCUAACAGAGAGAAGCUAACAUUCGAGUAUUUCAAGCAAAUGUUUGCACAAGUAACAAACCCACCUAUUGAUCCUAUCCGGGAGAAGAUUGUAACUUCUAUGGAAUGCAUGGUCGGACCAGAAGGCGAUCUUACAGAGACCACAGAAGAGCAAUGCCAUCGACUCUCUCUAAAAGGACCACUUUUGACUAUUGAAGAGAUGGAGUCCAUUAAGAAUAUGAACUAUAGAGGGUGGCGAAGCAAAGUUCUUGAUAUAACCUACCCAAAAGAACUUGGUCGAAAGGGAUUGGAGGAGACCCUAGAUAGGAUCUGUUCUCAGGCACAUGAUGCCAUCAAAGAGGGUUAUACUACAAUUGUGCUUUCUGACAGAGCUUUUUCAUCAAAGCGCGUCGCAGUAAGCUCCCUCUUGGCUGUUGGUGCUGUCCACCAUCAUUUAGUUAAGAAGCUUGAACGUACCAGAGUUGCAUUAAUGGUAGAAUCUGCCGAGCCACGCGAAGUACACCAUUUCUGUACGCUGGUUGGAUUUGGAGUUGAUGCUAUUUGUCCGUAUUUGGCCGUGGAAGCCAUUUGGAGGAUGCAGGUUGAUGGCAAGAUCCCACCAAAAUCUAACGGUGAAUUCCACUCAAAGGACGAGUUAGUCAAGAAAUUCUAUAAAGCAAGUCAGUACGGAAUGAUGAAGGUUCUUGCCAAGAUGGGUAUAUCAACUUUGGCUUCAUAUAAGGGUGCACAAAUUUUUGAGGCAGUUGGGUUAUCAACAGAAGUAAUGGAAAGAUGUUUUGCUGGUACUCCAAGUCGAGUUGAAGGAGCAACAUUCGAAGCUCUUGCUGGGGACGCACUUCAAUUGCACGAUUUAGGAUUUCCAUCACGAAAGUUUCCACCAAACAGUGCAGAAGCGGUUUCUUUGCCGAACCCUGGAGAUUAUCAUUGGAGAAAAGGUGGUGAAGCUCAUUUGAACGACCCUCUUGCGAUAGCAAAGCUGCAAGAGGCAGCCAGGGGUAACAGUGUUGCUGCGUAUAAGGAGUAUGCAAAGCGUAUACAUGAAUUAAACAGAAGUUGCAAUCUGCGUGGAUUGUUGAAGUUUAAAGAAGCAAGUGUUAAGGUUCCUUUGGAAGAGGUUGAACCGGCUAGUGAAAUUGUUAAGCGAUUUUGUACUGGAGCCAUGAGUUACGGCUCUAUAUCAUUGGAGGCACACACCACCCUUGCCAUGGCUAUGAACAAAAUUGGAGGCAAAUCUAACACAGGUGAGGGAGGUGAAAAUCCAUCUCGUUUGGUACCUCUUCCCGAUGGUUCGAUGAAUCCAAAGAGAAGUGCUAUCAAGCAGGUUGCUAGCGGACGAUUUGGAGUUUCUAGUUAUUACCUUACAAACGCUGAUGAACUGCAAAUAAAGAUGGCUCAGGGAGCAAAGCCCGGUGAAGGUGGUGAACUUCCGGGACACAAGGUUAUUGGCGACAUUGCUAUCACGAGAAAUUCUACAGCCGGGGUUGGAUUAAUUAGCCCCCCUCCACAUCAUGAUAUCUAUUCGAUCGAAGAUCUUGCUCAAUUGAUUCAUGAUCUGAAGAAUGCGAAUCCAUCUGCUCGAGUAAGUGUGAAGUUGGUUUCCGAAGCUGGUGUGGGAGUUAUUGCUAGCGGAGUUGUGAAGGGCCAUGCGGAUCAUGUCUUGAUCUCCGGUCAUGAUGGUGGAACGGGUGCUUCUAGGUGGACGGGUAUCAAGAGUGCUGGGCUCCCAUGGGAACUUGGUCUAGCUGAGACGCAUCAGACCCUAGUUGCAAACGAUCUUCGUGGUCGAACCGUUCUCCAGACAGAUGGUCAGCUGAAAACUGGAAGAGAUGUAGCCAUUGCAGCUCUCCUUGGGGCUGAGGAGUUUGGUUUCAGUACCGCUCCUCUUAUCACACUUGGUUGCAUCAUGAUGAGGAAGUGUCAUAAGAACACUUGUCCUGUAGGGAUUGCUACCCAAGAUCCAGUUCUUCGUGAAAAAUUUGCAGGGGAACCCGAACAUGUUAUCAACUUCUUCUUCAUGUUAGCAGAGGAGAUGAGGGAAAUCAUGGCUGAAACGGGUUUUCGGACCGUUAAUGAAAUGGUGGGACGUGCUGAUAUGCUUGAAGUCGAUAGAGACCUGAUUAAAAACAAUGAGAAACUAAAGAACAUUGAUCUGUCUUUAUUACUUCGACCAGCUGCUGACAUCCGACCAGAUGCUGCCCAGAUUUGUGUACAAAAACAGGAUCACGGUCUGGAUAUGGCUCUGGAUCAACGGUUAAUAGUGCUUGCGAAACCUGCAUUAGAAAAGGGUCUUCCUGUAUACAUCGAAUCACCAAUUUGCAAUGUUAAUCGGGCAGUAGGGACAAUGCUUAGCCAUGAAGUAACUAAACGUUACCAUUUGGCAGGCCUUCCAGCCGAUACCAUUCAUAUCAAACUUAACGGAAGUGCAGGUCAGAGUAUUGGAGCCUUCCUUUGCCCGGGAAUAAUGCUUGAGCUCGAAGGCGAUAGCAAUGAUUAUGUUGGGAAAGGCUUGUCAGGUGGCAAGAUUGUCGUUUAUCCUCCAAAAGGUAGUGGGUUUGAUCCUAAAGAGAACAUUGUGAUCGGAAAUGUGGCUCUCUAUGGGGCAACCAGUGGAGAAGCUUAUUUUAACGGGAUGGCAGCCGAACGAUUCUGUGUUCGUAAUUCUGGGGCUAAAACAGUGGUGGAAGGUGUUGGUGAUCACGGGUGUGAAUACAUGACUGGCGGAACUGUUGUUGUGCUCGGAAAAACUGGGAGGAACUUUGCUGCUGGCAUGAGUGGUGGAGUUGCUUAUGUUCUUGAUGUCGAUUCGAAGUUCCGGUCAAGAUGUAAUACAGAGCUUGUUGAUCUUGAUAAGGUUGAGGAAGAAGAGGAUAUUAUGACUCUGAGAAUGAUGAUACAGCAACACCAACGACACACAAACAGCCAGUUAGCAAAAGAAGUACUCGCUGACUUCGAGAAUCUUUUGCCUAAAUUCAUUAAGGUCUUCCCAAGGGAUUAUAAGCGGAUUUUGGCUGCCAUGAAAGUAACAAAAGCUGCAGAGAAGGCUGCUGAAGAAGCUGAUAUUAGAGAAGAAGACGAGUUGGAGGAGAAAGAUGCUUUUGAAGAACUUAAGAAGUUGGCAGCCAAGUCAAGUGUGGCCGUGAAUCAGGUGAAUGAAACAGUCAAUCAGGUCAAAGAGGUUGAAGAGGUCGAACUGGUCACACGACCAUCUCAGGUUGAUAAUGCCAUUAAACACCGUGGAUUUGUUGCAUACGAGCGUGAGGGAGUAUCUUACAGGGACCCUACCGUUCGGAUGAAUGAUUGGAAGGAAGUUAUGGAAGAGACAAAACCUGGGCCACUCGUGAAGACUCAAGCUGCACGGUGCAUGGAUUGUGGUACGCCUUUUUGCCAUCAGGAACACUCUGGUUGUCCGCUUGGCAACAAAAUUCCCGAAUUCAAUGAGUUAGUUUACCAAAAUAGAUGGCGUGAAGCACUAGAUCGACUUCUUGAGACCAAUAACUUCCCUGAGUUCACCGGCCGAGUGUGCCCAGCUCCAUGUGAAGGUUCUUGUGUUCUCGGUAUCAUCGAGAAUCCCGUUUCGAUCAAAAGCAUCGAGUGCUCGAUUAUCGACAAGGCCUUCGAGGAAGGGUGGAUGGUGCCUAGACCUCCUGUCAAGAGAACAGGAAAAAAGGUUGCGAUUGUUGGGAGUGGACCAGCUGGCUUGGCUGCGGCUGAUCAACUAAACAGGAUCGGCCACACGGUGACCGUGUUUGAGCGUGCUGAUCGAAUAGGUGGACUCAUGAUGUAUGGGGUUCCCAACAUGAAAGCAGACAAAAUUGAUGUGGUUCAAAGGCGGGUUGACCUUAUGGCCAAGGAAGGUGUGAAUUUUGUGGUUAAUGCCAAUGUGGGAAAUGAUCCAUCGUAUUCCAUCGAGAGUCUUCGUCAAGACAACGAUGCCGUUAUUUUAGCGGUGGGUUCAACAAAGCCAAGGGAUCUUCCUGUUCCUGGACGAGAGCUAUCGGGAGUACAUUUUGCUAUGGAAUUUCUGCAUGCAAAUACUAAAAGCUUGUUGGAUAGCAAUCUUGAGGAUGGUCAAUAUAUCUCUGCAAAGGGAAAGAAGGUGAUCGUGAUCGGUGGAGGUGAUACUGGUACCGAUUGUAUCGGGACUUCUAUAAGACAUGGUUGCACCAGCAUCGUGAAUCUUGAGCUUCUUCCUGAGCCACCACGAACCAGGGCUCCAGGCAACCCUUGGCCACAGUGGCCUCGUGUAUUCCGUGUUGAUUAUGGACACCAGGAAGCUGCUACAAAAUUYGGCAAAGACCCACGAUCAUAYGAGGUAUUGACUAAAAGGUUYAUUGGUGACGAGAAUGGAGUAGUGAAAGGGUUGGAGUUGGUUCGUGUUCAGUGGGAGAAGGAUGAGAGUGGACGGUUCCAGUUUAAAGAAGUCGAGGGUUCUGAAGAGAUCCUCGGAGCUGAYCUGGUUUUGCUAGCCAUGGGUUUCCUUGGUCCUGAGCCGACAAUUGCGGACAAACUGGGGUUGGAGAAAGACAAGAGGUCAAACGUGAAGGCGGAAUACGGGAGGUUUUCAACGAAUGUGGAAGGUGUAUUUGCUGCUGGUGAUUGCCGGAGAGGGCAAUCUCUAGUGGUGUGGGCUAUCUCGGAAGGGCGGCAGGUGGCGGCACAGGUGGAUAAGUUUCUGGUGGAAGAUGGAAAGGAAGGUGAAAGCAGGUGGUUAGAAUCAGGGAAGAAAGAACAAGAGGCAAUUAGGGCAUAGUGAAAAAGAUAGAGAUUAGUUGGGUGGGUUAUAUGGUGAAAAAGGGUUGGGGAAUGAAUGAAUAUGUGUGGGUGUGGAAGUAAGUUUAGUUUUGGUUCAGGUUCAGGUUCAGGUUCAGGCAGCUGAAUGAAUAAGCUGUGCUGUUUAUAGCCUCUGUUUUUUUCUUGGUUGUUGCUUGUUUGAACUUUGAUGAAAUAAAUGUACAGAUGGCUCUGUUUUGUUUCAUCAA